GACAAUAAUUAACAAAGUUUAUGCAAAGUGACAGUGAAAACAAAUAAAGAAGGCAAAACAAAAGUUCGAAACGGAUUCUGCGCACAACAAACGAAGAGUUGACAUAAAAUCCGUCCUAUCACUGCCAAAUUCAACUGCCAGAUUAAGCAAUCAAGUUUCCUAGCUAACAAUCCUGGAACGCAACACGGAGACAAGGAGGCGACAUGUGGCCCGGCUCCGAGCGAGGCAGCUCGCGAGCCCUGGAGUUACCGACCAGUCAACAGAAUGCUGGCGGUAGUAGCCAGCAGGAGACGUUGGCGGACAUCGAGCACAUAUCGACAAUAGCCGGAUCAUUGGCUUCCAUUGGGUCGCUAUCGCACACACAGAUGCGCUAUUGCACAAAUGAUGCCGGCUAUGAUACAGAGCACACCUCACUCAACUCGGACUUUGAUGAGGCGGAAUUGAAACGGGAACUGCUGCGAGAUAAAUGGAAACUACUUUUCGAUAUGUUCGAUCCGGAGGGUUUUGGCGAGAUAUCCGUAACCGAAUUUCUGGUUGCAUUGAAAUCGCCGGAAUUCCUAUCCCAAGUGCCUAUGAACAAGCGGGAGCUGUUGCUGGAGCGUGCAAAGAAGGCCCAACUGCCUAAUGGUCCGGGCUAUGUGACAUUUCAGGACUUUGUGAACGUGAUGAGCGGCAAGCGAACGCGUAGCUUCAAAUGCGCCGUACACCAGCGAGAUCGAGAAGUGUGCUCCGAGAACGACUUUCAAUUGGUGCUCAGUGAGCCGCCGCUCUUCAGGAAGAUGGUGCAUGCCGUUGCCGUCGAAGUGCUGCCCGAGGAGCGUGAUCGCAAAUACUAUGCGGAUCGUUACACCUGCUGUCCACCGCCCUUUUUCAUUAUACUGAUCACAAUGAUAGAGCUGGCCUUCUUUGUGUAUCACACGAUGGCGGUGGGAGAAACGGCAGCAGCGGGUCCCGUGCCCACGGACUCCAUGUUUAUUUAUCGUCCCGAUAAGCGUCAUGAGAUCUGGCGAUUUGUGCUCUAUAUGGUGCUGCAUGCUGGUUGGUUUCAUUUGGGAUUCAAUGUGGCCGUCCAGCUGCUCUUUGGCCUGCCCCUGGAGAUGGUGCACGGAUCGACGCGCAUCGCCUGCAUUUAUUUCUCGGGCGUACUCGCCGGCUCCCUGGGCACCAGCAUCUUCGAUCCCGAGGUGUAUCUCGUGGGCGCCAGCGGUGGCGUUUAUGCCUUGCUGGCGGCGCAUCUGGCCAACGUGUUGCUCAAUUACCAUCAGAUGCGUUACGGCGUCAUACGCCUGGCAUUCAUCCUCAUCUUCGCUUCGUUUGACUUUGGUUUCGCCAUCUAUGCACGUUAUGCCGGCGAGGAUGCGUUGCCCAACCAGGUGGGCGCCAAUGCGGCGUCUGUGUCAUAUGUGGCACAUUUGGCUGGCGCUGUGGCGGGACUCACCAUUGGGCUGCUGGUUCUCAAGAACUUUGAGCAGAAAUUGCACGAACAGUUGCUCUGGUGGAUUGCCCUUGGCACGUACAUGGCCCUCGUCGUUUUUGCCGUCGCCUUCAAUAUACUGCAUGGUGUGACGCUCUUCAACAUGCGUGUGGAGAAGAUUCGCGUCACGGAGACCUUCUACAAUGACUUCAAAGUAUAGCAGGAGGUCGAUAGAAGGAUGGCGUAUUUGUCUUUCUGUUGAUUCCCCACCACAAAGAACGAGAUGAUUAUGGAUUAUGCAUAUAUUGUUUUUUUUUUUGUUCGCGUUUUUCGUUUUCGUUUAUGAUAUUAUUAUUUCGUUAAAGUUAUUUUGUUAUUUAGUUUGGACAGUGAAUAAGUUUGGAAUAGUUUAACGUUUUUGUUCAAGUUGAUUUAUAUCGUGCAAUAUAUUACUAUAUGUAUUUGUAUUGUACACAAUAUAUAGACAAUCAUCUUCUAAGUGGAAUGAAUCAACGCUAUUUGUUAACAACUUUUCGUAUUUGUACGCUUCGUUUUAAAGUACAAAAGAUAUGAUGAUGAAAUUGAAAUUGAUAAAAGUUAUGUAAUCUGAACUGAUUAGGCUAUAUAUACCAUAAAUAUAUACAUAUAUACACUUGAUGCUCAACACUGCAGAUGAACAAAUUCAAGACUUUGUUAGGAUUAAGCGCAAGUAACAACAUUAAAUUAAGAGAUGCUGUAAAAUAAAACGAAAAAAAUCGAAAUUAUUUGAAACCGAAAAGUUUAUUCUAAAUUUUCAGAACUGUCCCACAGCAGGCCUUACAUAUACAAUGAAUAAAGAUAAUCUUAAAACUACCUCAGACUUGAUAAAGUAAAUAAGUUUAAAGAUUAAAUAUUGAGAUCGGUUUCAAAUUUUAGAAAAAGAAAAAUAGCAUUCUCAACUGCCCUUAUCAACAAGAAAAAAUCAUCACUGCCAGCUUUAGUGAAUACAAACAGCACCAAUUAACUAUACCAAAUAUAUAUAUUUGUACUUUGUGCAUUUUGUACAUACAUAAUUGAAUAAUCACAGACAAAUAAAUGAUU